AUCAUAUAUGGAUUACAUCUAGUGCAACCUUAUUAUCUACUUCAAAAUCCAAAUAAAAAGAAAAGAAAAAACCAUUCCCAAAAACACAAACGCACAGAGAAAGUGGAAUCAUUCUGGAAUAUUUUGUUUUAUUACAAGACCGUCCAUCCGGAUCCAAGUUUCCGUUUCAUUCAUAUUAUUCAACGGCUUGACUGCGUGCUUUGAGCAGAGUAAGUGUUAAAAAUAAAUAGUUGAAGACGCAAAAGAAACCACUUUCAGUUUCAGAUAUACAGAAGUUUGUGCCAUCCAAACAACACCUUGUUCAUACAUAUUCAUUGCUCUCCCUUUCACAGUUUUUGCAUCAGAGAAAGAGAGAGUCUUUUCAGAGGCGAGUUUGAAAAUUUUGCGUGUCAGGGAACAUGGAGAUCGAUAAGGCAAUCAGAGAGAGCAAUGACAGGAGGCUCAAGACCAAGUAUAACAACGCCAUCUAUGUCAUUAAGAGGGCCCUGACUCUGUACUCUAUUGAAGAGGUCGCCUUCAGCUUUAAUGGAGGAAAGGAUUCAACUGUUUUGCUGCAUGUACUUAGGGCUGGCUAUUUUUUGUAUAAAGAGGAGCAAAGCUGUUCUAAUGAAGGUCUCAAUGACUUUCCAAUUCGAACAAUAUAUUUUGAGAGCACUUGUGCUUUCCCUGAAAUCAACUCAUUUACCUAUGAUGCGGCCUCUGCUUAUGAUUUACAAAUGGAUAUCAUUCGCACAGAUUUCAAGUCUGGUCUGGAAGAUUUACUAAAGACUAAACCUAUUAGAGCUAUUUUCCUUGGUGUCCGAAUUGGUGAUCCUACUGCGGUAGGCCAAGAACAGUUUUCUCCUAGUUCACCUGGAUGGCCAUCCUUCAUGCGAGUGAAUCCCAUCUUGGAUUGGUCAUACAGAGAUGUGUGGGCCUUCAUAUUAACUUGCAAGGUCCAGUACUGCAGUCUUUAUGAUCAAGGUUACACUUCAAUUGGGAGCAUAUAUGACACAGUACCUAAUGCAUUAUUGUGCAUCAGUGAUUCCUCCAGUAGCAAAGAAACAUUUAGACCUGCAUAUCUGCUUUCUGAUGGAAGAUUAGAGAGAGCGGGGAGAGUAAAAAAGUUUUCUCCUGUUUGUGGGAGUUUUUCUGCUGUUAGCAAUGGCCCGGAUAGCAUUGAUUUACGUAAAAACAGCAUGCUCACAGCCUCAGUCAUUGCUGUGGGGGAUGAGAUUCUGUUUGGCACCAUUGAGGAUCAGUUAGGACCUUUGUUGUGUAGAAAGCUCCAUUCUAUUGGCUGGUGUGUAUCACAAGCUACUGUUGUUCGGAAUGAUGUAGAUUCUGUGGCUGAAGAAGUUGAGCGGCAAAAAUCUACUAAUGAUCUGAUUUUUAUAUAUGGAGGGGUAGGCCCAUUGCAUUCAGAUGUUACUUCAUCAGGUGUUGCAAAGGCCUUUGGGGUUCGUCUGGCUCCUGAUGAGGAAUUUGAGGAGUAUCUUCGGCAUCUUAUUGGUGAUCAAUGCACUGGUGACCGGAAUGAGAUGGCUCAGUUGCCCGAAGGUAUCACUGAAUUGUUGCACCAUGAAAAUCUGCCUGUGCCUUUGAUCAAGUGUCAAAAUGUGAUAAUUCUUACUGCAACAAAUAUUAUGGAGCUGGACAAGGAGUGGGAGUGUUUGAUUGAAUUAACAAGAUCUGGUGGCCUGUUUGAAAUGAUGGAGCCAUACAUAUCUAAGUGUUUGAUAACACAGCUUUCAGAUGUAGAAACUGCUCAACCUCUAUCAAAACUUUGUCUUGAAUUCCCAGACCUUUACAUUGGGGCUUAUCGCAGAUCCAGAAGGGGACCCCUCACAAUUAGCUUCAAAGGCAAGGACCAAGCACGAAUUGAAUCAGCCAUGGAAGCUUUGUGCAAGAAAUUCCAUCCAGGGGUUUUCUCUGAAACUAACUAAGUUGAUCAUUGCACUUGUCUUGGAGGUAUUGCCUGCCAAGCUUUUGGGACCUGGGGGAGCUGACUUGUUUACAAUCACUUCUGACAACUCUCGAACAUAUAUAGAUAUAUGGGGGUACCUUUUCUUUUCAGAUAUUGAUAGAACAAGGAGAUCCUUGGAAUUAGGAUUGAAAGGGAAACAAGGAGAGCCAAGAAAAAAUAAAAUUUCCAAAAAUACAAAUACUCUGUACCUGGGCAAUGCCCUUAUCAUUGAGAACAAAUAUGUAGGAAACAAAGAGCUUCAUAUUAGUUAUUAAGCAAGUAGGAAUGAAUGUCAGAGCUCUAGUCUUUACUUCAA